UAUGACGCAGGCCUAAUAUUUACGUCAAAGGCCAGAAAGCGGGCAAGGGAGAAGAGGGUUGGCUUCGGUUGCCAUGGCGCCGCCUCUGCGCUCUUCGGGGCCUCCCCGCUUGGCUCGGAUUUCCCGCUGCGUCUCCUUCAGCGCUUCCCACCGGUUGCACAGUCAGUCGCUGAGUGACGAAGAAAACCGUGCGCUCUUUGGGAAAUGCAACAACCCCAACGGACACGGACACAACUACAAAGUGGAAGUAACUGUGCGCGGAGAGAUUGACCCUGUGACAGGGAUGGUGAUGAACCUCACCGAUCUCAAAGACUACAUGGAGGAAGCCAUCAUGGAGCCUCUUGACCACAAGAACCUAGACAAGGACGUCCCCUACUUCAUGGACACAGUCAGCACAACGGAGAACGUUGCGGUGUUCAUUUGGGACAACCUCCAGAAACGCUGUCCUCAAGGAACGCUCUACAAAGUCAAAGUCUACGAAACGGACAAGAACGCCGUGGUUUACAAAGGCGAAGAGGCCGCUUAGGCGAGGCACGAUUCGCAGGACGCCUUUGAUCCACAGAAGGGAGAAAUCAAACCGUGCGAUCUCGUAUCCAUUUUGGUUCAUCUCCGGAUGUGUCGGAAGGCAUCUUUUUCUUGAACGCCAGCUGAAAUUCCUCUGAAGUAUUAUUCUGCAGGAAGCAGAGAUUAGAAGUCUUAAAAUGACUUGUUCUCACAUUGCUUCUGAAUCUGAAGCAGGAAUUAAGGAAAAACCUAUUAUAUAUCAAAUUAGGUUAUGAUUUUACAAAUGAAGCACCAAAACAUCAUGUUAGACAACAAAUUUGACAGAAAAAGUAAUUCAAUACUUCACUUCACUUUAUUUCUUAAUUAGUCGCUCUCCACCAGAGUGCUCCGAGCGACUUACAAUUUAAAAUAUCAUUCCACAAUAUAAAAACAUUCAACAUAAAAACAUUCAACAGUGACUAUUUGGCAAAUUUGAUCUGAUUUACUUAAAUGCACAACCAAACAGCCAAGUCUUGAGCGCUUUUACAAAAGGUCGCAACUCCGACAUUGCUCUAACAUAUGGAGCCAAUGAGUUCCACAGAAUUGGAGCAGUAAUGCUAUGUAGUAAUUACUGUAUUAACAAACUGAGCACCAAAAUUUCAUGAUGUAUUGAAAACAUUGACUGCAAAAAUGCGUUGGAUAAUCCAGAACGUUGGAUAAGCGAGUGUUGGAUAAGUGAGACUCUACUGUAUAAGGAGGACGAAAUAAGAUGGGGAAAACGGCCUUUACCUCUGUUUGUGUUGUCUGCCCUUGUUAAUUGUGUAAUCGGUAUUGAAUGUUUGCCGUAUGUGCAUUCUGUGAGCUGUUCUGAGUCCCCUUCGGGGUGAGAAGGACGGGGUAUAAAUACUGUAACUAAAUAAAGAAUAAAUACAAUAAUAUAUAUAAAUAUAUAAUUUCGCAAAUAAAUAAAUAAAUAAUACAAUAAUAAAGUU